AUGGGGAAGAAGGAACCGAAGCUAGCGGUCACGGUGACUAAAACGACAGCUUUUGAGCACUUGUAUGAAGAGCUCGAUGCAAAAGAGGGGGUAGAAAGUUGUACAAGCUCGCCAAGAUUCGCCAAGGGACUAAGACGAGUAUCUAGAGUGCGAAAGUUCGGUGGUGUGACAGAGAAGUGGAGGUUGGAAGUGAAGCUCGAUGCCUGGUGGGUGAAACGGAGGCUCGCAUCCGGGUUACUGUGCGAUAAGAAUAUGUCACCAAGGCUUAAAGAUAAAUUCUAUAGAGUGGUGGUUAGAUCGACUCUGUUGUAUGGUGCAGCAUGUUGCCCACUCAAAAAUACUCACGUCCAGAAAAUGAGUGUAGCGGAGAUGAGGAUGCUCAGGUGGAUGUGUGGGUGUACUAGGAUGGAUAUGAUUAGGAAUGAAGUUAUAUUGGGCAAGGCAGAAGUGGCUCCUGUAGCGGACAAGAUGAGGGAAGCGAGAUUGAGAUGGCGUUUGGGCAUGUGCAGAACAGGUGUGUAG